CGGCUCCACAGCGGGUUCUUUCCACUACACACCCACAUUACUUUAUGUCAACCACUUCGCGGGAGUUAUCGCUGCUGGAGAAGUCGUUUCAUCAAUUUAUCAAGAGUAACAGACAACGGAAAGGCAACCAUGUCAGAGAGAAAGGCUGUGAUCAAGAAUGCCGACAUGUCUGAGGACAUGCAGCAGGACGCCGUGGAGUGUGCCACCCAGGCCCUGGAGAAAUACAACAUAGAGAAGGACAUCGCUGCUUUCAUCAAGAAGGAGUUUGACAAAAAAUACAACCCAACUUGGCACUGCAUUGUGGGGAGGAACUUCGGCAGCUACGUAACCCAUGAGACCAAGCAUUUUAUUUACUUCUACUUGGGUCAGGUGGCCAUCCUGCUGUUCAAGUCAGGCUGAGGAACCACUUUUCUCACAACAAGCUGACUACAUACAUCAUUGACUGAUUAAACAAGGCACCCAUCAUUCCUUUGGCAAGGGGCCUCUGCCUUUUCUGUGCUUAACUGUUAUUUUCUUUUGGGAGAAACAUGGCCAUGUGAGAGACUUGUAUUUAUUUUUGUCAUUGUUGCGUUAGAACUUGUUUUUUAAUUAAAGCAAAGCUUUUAGGCUGGGCUAAAA